CUUCGCGCGUUUGUCCAAGCUGUUGGCGCCAACGACACAACUCACAGACUACUGUCAGCAGAAAGAAGUGUCGACUUUCCAGCUUCUAUUUCAAUAAAUUUGGCUUUUUUUGGGUCGCCAAAUCAUCUCACAGACAUGACGCAGCUCACAGAGGGUGCCAUUGAGGCUCUAUCAAAUGGCACCGGUUGUAACGACGCAGUGCUGCAGUUGGUGAAUAUCCGCAAGAUUGAGGGAGGAAAUGGUUCCCCUCGCUAUCGGGUGAUGAUGAGUGAUGGAAAGCACACUCUGUCCUCCUUCAUGCUCUCAACUCAGCUGAACUACAUGGCUGAGGAGAACAUAUUGGCCCCGAACUGCAUCUGUGUUCUGAAGAGGCAUGUGACUAAUAUACUAAAGGAUGGACGACGCGUUGUAAUUAUUUUGGAAAUUGAUGUCAUCGAGCCUGCCGGAGAGGUUGCUGGAAAAUUAGGCGACCCUACUCCUUACACCGAGGGUCAGAGCAAAGGCCCGCAGUCGGCGCCAGCCCCUGAAGUCCGCCCUCCACUACAGCCACAAAAUAGAAAUGAAGCAGUGAACAGAGGUUUCACUAAAGACUUUGGGAAGAAGGCCCCAUCUGCCAUGCCCAGUACUCCAGGGGGCAGCUCCAAAGUUGUGCCCAUUGCCAGCCUCAACCCCUACCAGUCCAAGUGGACCAUCCGUGCACGUGUAACCAACAAGAGCAGCAUCCGUACAUGGAGCAACUCCCGUGGUGAUGGUAAACUCUUCUCCAUGGAGAUUGUGGAUGAGAGUGGAGAGAUACGAGUGACUGGUUUCAACCAAGAGGUGGACAAGUUCUUCAGCCUUAUUGAGGUUGGCAAGGUCUACUAUGUCUCCAAGGGCUCACUGAAGAUUGCCAACAAGCAGUACACAUCAGUGAAGAAUGACUAUGAGAUGACGCUCAACGGAGAGUCCACCUUCAUCCCCUGUGAGGACAGCUGUGAUGUUCCCAUAGUGCAGUGUGACUUUGUCUCUAUCAGUGACCUAGAGAACAGAGACAAAGAUGCCAUUGUUGAUGUGAUUGGAGUUUGUAAGGGUGUGGAAGAAAUUACCCGCCUCACCACCAAGACCAACAGAGAAGUGUCCAAGAGGACGCUCAAUUUGAUGGACAUGUCUGGGAAGGUGGUGACUGUCACGCUGUGGGGAGAGGAAGCAGAAAAGUUUGAUGGCUCUGGACAACCCAUUGUAGCCAUUAAGGGGGCGAAGCUUUCAGACUUUGGAGGCCGGUCCCUCUCUGCAUCUUUCAGCAGCACCCUGAUGAUCAACCCAGACAUCCCUGAGGCAUAUAAGCUCAGAGGCUGGUAUGACAAGGAGGGUCAUGCCAUAGAUGGACAGUCUCUGACGGAGAUGAAAGGUGGCAGCGGGGGAGGAAACACCAACUGGAAGACUCUAUCUGAUGUUAAGACAGAGCACCUGGGACAUGGAGACAAGGCGGACUACUACACUUGCAUAGCUACCAUAGUGUACCUGCGCAAGGAAAACUGCCUAUACCAGGCCUGUCCCAGCCAAGACUGCAACAAGAAAGUCGUAGACCAACAGAAUGGCAUGUUCCGCUGUGAGAAGUGUGACAAAGAGUUCCCCAACUUCAAGUACCGCCUCAUCCUUUCUGCCAACAUUGCAGAUUACGCGGACAACCAGUGGGUGACUUGCUUCCAGGAAAGUGCAGAGGCCAUCCUGGGCCAGAAUGCAGCUUACCUGGGGCAGCUCAAGGACUCGAACGAAGCUGCCUUUGAUGAGGUCUUCCAACAAGCCAACUUCAACACUUUUGUCUUCCGCAGCAGAGUGAAGCUAGAAACGUAUAACGACGAAUCCAGGAUCAAGGCUACAGUGAUGGAUGUGAAGCCCGUUGAUCAUAAGGACUACAGCAAGAGGUUGAUCAUGAACAUAAGGAAACUGUCUGCCUAGUAGCAACUUGUGACAAAGUAUUGUUUUUUGCUUGCCUUUGCAAGAUUCCCUUUGUUUCUGUACAGCCAACAAACAGCUCUAAACGUAUGAAAAUGUUUUGCCUACAAGGUGAUUGUUUUGUUUUUUUCAUCUUCCUGUGAAUGAGUAAUCCCAUAUGUACUUGCAAAUGUUGACCUUUCUUUUGAAGAAUAAUGUUUGGUGACCUAAUUCUGACUACUUUUUUUGUGGUUAACGUAAUAGACAAUGGUUUUCACCUUACUCUUUUGUUACUCGGGGAAGCAGAGAAGACAGUGGGUCAGGUCAGUAAGCCACAGAAGAAAUCAUCACUGUCUGCCUUAAGUCAGCCAGUUGUUCCAGCAUGUACUGUGGUCAUGCGGGGGUGGUGGCUGCUUUCAGCAGAGGACCAGCACAGUGCUAGCACUCAAAAUGGCUGGGCUGGACCUGCACAUCCCUGAUAAGACCGUUUACUCUCCCACUCUCUUUUUCUCCCCUCCGUCUCCUACAUACUUGCAAACAUAAGCACAUAUACACAUGCACAGUACAGACUUAAUGGGAAAUGUACUGCAUUCUAUUUAAGUGGAUACAAGGUGUUGUCCAUAUUUUCAAUGCCUGUUAGUGUAUGUGUGUUCUAUAUUUCUGUAGUUCUGUCUUUUUAUUUUUGUUUUGAUGAUUAACUCUGAAAAUAAAUGUUUGUAAUCAACUUA